AUGACGUUCGUCGCGCAGGAGGAGGAGCCGCGAUCGCUGCUGAAGAAGAAGCGGAGGGUGACCAUAGCGGGGGGCGAGGUCGGAUCCGACGCUUCGACAACCAAGAGCUCGCGGUCACGGGUCGCGACCCCGACCCCGUUGAGCUCGACAGCGUCAACGACGAAAAAGCGGAAACGCGCCCUCGCCAAGUCCGAACGGUGGUACUCGUCGUCGUCCGAAUCUGAGGGCGAGACAAAUUUGACCGCCUCGACGUCCAAGGCGGGGGCGGGCGAAAUUACCUCGAAUCGAUCGAAAGGGUUUUCGGUCCCUCCUGUGACCAAGAACGGCAGUCUGGUCAAGCGGCGACGGACCGUCUCGAGCAACGACCUCCUCGCGCUGCCGACAGCCGGCGACUCGGAUCCGGAGCGAGGGCGGCCAAACUUGGAUGCGGCGUCGCUGUCUCGAGCAAGCUCGUCUUCGAACCAGAAAGCCCAACCCGUGCGAUCGUCGUCGCUCUCCCAAGUCGUCGCCACUUCGACCUCGACCUCGACGCCGCUCGAUCCGUCCGACGCGUCCCCGAGUCUCACUGGCACCACUGACGCUUCCGAUCGCUACGUCACCAUCACCUCUUCGGCGUCCUUCGAACGCCACCGACAGCUAUUUGAAGAAGCCUAUCCGUCCUACCGAGCGCUGUACGAUACGUUGAUGCAGGAACGCCAAAUCCUGGCGAGUAAAGAAGGGGGGCGGACUUCGCAGGGCAGGUACACGCUCGACGAGGUCCGCAAGCUCGUCAAGCGAUUGGAGAUGAAUCGCGACGAGUUGGAGCGGAUCAAGCUGGGCUUGAAAAAGUACGCCAUGACGGCGGGGAUACCCCUCGUCCUCAACGGUGGCACCGCGCGGUGA